CAACAAGAAUUGAUCAUACAGAAAGCGAACGGACAGACGUGCAGCGUAAUUGUCGUCAUGCAUCAGUUACUACACCUUCGUAGUCGUCCUUUGCAAACGCUUAUUUUAGGAUUGAUCGGCUUGACUUUUUACGCGUAUUAUCGCACCACAUAUUACGACGUCCCACAGUACGCCAUACCUCGAAAUAACAGUCGUGUCGCGUAUCAAGAGGCAUUCAAGCAACGUAUGAACACCAGCGUCGAACAACGCGUGGCGGUGGCGUCAAAAAAUUCUUCCUCCGAGCCGUCUAUCCUCGCGCCCUAUAAUUUACAAGUUACUGGCAAUCUGUCGAGUCCCGCAGCUAUAACUUCAUCGACGUCCUCGAUUUCUCCGAGUCAGUCCUCUGCGAGUGUUUCGGUCGCCGGUUUCAAGCAAAGCAGCGAAAGGCCUACAGCUCGAAAAGAGAAAACUUCAAAUGAAACCAAAGAAGUCACCGCAUUUUCCAAUGAAUAUUCAGCACGAGCCAUCUAUGAAGCUGGUCACACAGUACCGAUACCUGAAAGAUGCCCAAAUUUUGGGAAAGAGAUGGAUCUGGUUAUAAUAAUAAUGUCCGCUCCCACUCACCUAGAGGCUCGAAUGGCGAUACGACAAACAUGGGGUCAUUUUGGUCAGAGAAGCGACAUUAGUAUCUUGUUUAUGUUGGGCAAAACACUAGACUCCAAAGUGGAAGCAAUUUUGAAAAAAGAACAAAAGACUUACAAUGAUGUGAUACGUGGGAAAUUCUUAGAUUCUUAUUCUAAUUUGACGCUUAAAACGAUUUCUACCCUGGAAUGGGUAGACAGUUAUUGCUCCACUGUUAAAUUUCUUCUAAAGACUGACGACGACAUGUUUAUCAAUGUUCCGCGUUUACAAUCUUUUGCAAUGAAACACGCGAAAAACAAGAACGUAAUAUUUGGUAGAUUGGCGAAAAAAUGGAAACCAAUUAGAAAUAAGAAAAGCAAAUACUAUGUAUCUAGAACGCAGUUCAAGAACACCGUUUUUCCAGAUUUUACUACUGGCCCGGCUUAUCUACUGUCUACCGAUGUAGUGCGCAGGUUGUAUGAAGCUGCAUUGGAUCAAACGUAUCUGAAACUUGAAGACGUCUUUGUGACUGGAAUUGUGGCAGAUAAAUUGGGAAUCAAACGGACGCAUGCUAACGAAUUCUUAAACAAAAAGUAUCAUAUAGUGCGUGCAAUAUUCAAAGAGGCAUCAGUAUACACAUGGUCAAAUAUAGCGAACAAUUUGAUCUUUGGAAAAAAUUACUCGACGGCAAGAGUAAAUGUAAGUGAUAAAUAGUGAUCACAUGAAAUUUUUUUUGCUUUUGCGUACUCGAUACAAGUUUCUUGCAUCGCGUCAACGCUUUCUCGCACUCAUUCGUCAGGAUUUAUAUUCGAUGGAUCGAAUCAGUGUUACCUGUUUAUUUGGCGGCCGAUUCGAUCAAUUUUCGAUAUUUAAGCCGCGAGGAAGAAUCGAAACUGAAACUCUAUCUGUAUAUUUUCACGGAACGUGCUCUCUAGAUUUAACGAUGAGGUUAACAAAGGACAUUUGUGUAUUUGAAUAACACAGAUUAAUGCCUUUCUUGUUCAACGCCUAUCACGUACCCGUCUCUACAGUAGAUUUUCGAUAAAUGUUCAAAAUAAAGUACACAAUUUCCACACCUCAUUAAUUUUGAGUCGAGUCUCGCCAGCUCACCUUUGUAUUUUGCCA